CUCUGUGUUCCCAUACACAAAAUCUUCCAGCUUCUGUUCUCCGUUUUGUUUUACGGAGUUACAAGGCGGAAGAACCGUUGUCUUCGGCCGGAAAGACCAAAGAUAUGGGAACCGGUGGAAUAACGUUCAACGCUCACGUAGUCUCCAACACAUGGCAUCACAAGCACGUGCCUUCUGUGGCCGACGACUCUGUUCUUCAAAGAGACAUCGAAGAGCUUCUUUCGCGGUGGGGCGGGCUUCAAAUGGCCGUGAAGAACCAAUGGGGAGGCCAUGAUUCUCUCAAGAAAUCUCAAGAGCUAGCUCAACAUCUCUUUCAUCUCUUCUCUCAAUCAAACGUGAUUACGGUGGAAGAAAUAGAGAAUUUGCUACAUGAAAGCUUGCUUCUCUCUUUCAACACAGAGAUCGAAGAUGGCAGCAUUGAAGAGGUAGCUGAACAAUUGAUGAUACUCCAUGAAGAACAUUUGCGUGGGAGUCAUUAAAGCAGUAGCUUGGACGAUUUAUAUCAUUUUUGGUGUAUAAUUAGAUCAAUGUAUGAUACAAAGAAUCUGGAAAAAUGGGUGGAGAAAAAAUGUUAUUCAUCAGUCAUCAUAGAAUAUAUGAAUCAAGAUCUAUGUUUAUUUGAUGUAAUCAUUUGUAUUUGUGAUGAACAGUUUUCCUAAUGUAAUUUCGUAUUGGACAAUUUUAAAGGUUUUCUCUAAAAUGAAUUUUGGAAAGAAAGUGAAAGAAAUAUCUCGAAUUUUA